UCUCACAUGCGAGGGACAUUGAUUGUCUUUUUCCUCGCUCAGAAGGCACACGGUAGUCUAUCUCUGAGAGAGAAACCGAAUCGGCACCUGUCCGAAUUAUUUGUUUGAUUCGUCUUGCUUUGGUUGUUUUGUAUUGCCUGUCUUCAUACGGAUUUGUUGUGAACAUUGCCAUUUAUUGUCAUUCAGGGUCGCUUACUGUACUUUUGUCUGCUGCGCUUUUACACGUUGUUUUAUCGUUUAUAGUGGCAAAGGAGGAGCCUUUCGAAUAGUCUUCUUUUAAAAUUAUAUUUGGACAUUGGUGAAUAGCGCUCUCUGCGUUUUUCCUAAUCCGGACUGCACCAAUGCGUUGCCGGUGCCCAGCGGAUCCACGACAGUUCCGUUUCUCACACAGCAGAGUUCACGCUCAAUGGCCGGACCGAUGUGCGCCAGCAGACCCCGCCAACACACACCUCUGAUGGAUCAUUUAUCUACCGUUUUCGAGCUGCUUUCGGGACCCUUGCACUUCCUUUAUACCUUAUAGUGUGCGUAAAGCCUUGGGGUCGGAGCUGUAGAGCGAAAGCAAUUGAGAUAAUGCCGCGUGCCCAACUCGACCGUUGGUCUGAACCGAGUCGACCUGUUUUACCUGGGUGCAUGCGGCGAAUCCUCUCGUUCUGAAUCACGAAAGGAGCCUGCCGUCUGGAUUUCUAUGUGGUUGGGAAUACAAAAGUUGAACACUGAAACAUUUAGUCUACUCAAGACGGCAAGAAGUGAAGAUGGUUACGUGUUCAACGUGUAUUUCAUUAAAGUGGCAUCCAGUGUGAUAAACAUAAUCAGUGAUGUAGUGAGUCUGUUCAUAUGCGUGCUCAUCAUUUGCAGUAAAUACUCGCAACUGCUCAAACAGGGGACAAUGAAGAUGAUACUCUUCCGUAAAUUCCGGGUUUUGAUUCUCAUGGUGUUUCUAAUCGCCUGCUCGAUGCACAUCAUGAUAGACUUGUUACCAAAGCUGGAGAGGCGCAGCAACAGCGGCUGCUCCUGCUCGCACACGCCGAGCGAGGACCCUCAGAACUGGGCUAAACACCGAGCCAGGUCGGGAGCAGAGUCGGGCUGGCCUAACAAACACACUCUGAGAAUCCUCCAGGACUUCAGCAAUGAGCCAAACUCUAACAUCUCUUCCCAUUCUCUGGAGAAGAACCCCAAAGCGGGAAACAAAACGGAAGCCUUUAAACAGGUUGAACAUUAUGCACAAAAUGGUGACAAAAAGAGACGGUUCAUUCAAGACGCUGUGGUCACCAAAAACAUACCUGUCAAGGGUUCAAGGUUGCUGGCUCUAUUUGACCACCCGUUAUUCAAGAGAGCCUUACCGUCUCUGACCGACGAAGACACCUUGUUCAACGUCAACACAGACAUCAGAUUUGACCCCAAUGCCGCCACAGAGAAUCAGGAAUGGCACGCUGAAGGGAACAUGGAGGAGUAUACUCCAACAGGAGGAGAGCUGACGGCUGACUCCUACCCCAACUGGCUCCGUUUCCACAUAGGGAUUAAUCGAUAUGAGCUCUACUCCAGACAUUACCUAGUCAUCGAUGCCCUGCUCAGGGACCUGGUCUCACAGAGAAUCACCAGCGUCGCCAUGAAGUCUGGAGGCACCCAACUGAAACUCAUCAUGACGUUCCAGAACUACGGUCAGGCUCUGUUCAAACCUAUGAAGCAGACCCGGGAGCAGGAGACGCCCCCUGACUUUUUCUACUUCUCGGACUUUGAGAGACACAAUGCUGAAAUUGCCGCCUUUCAUCUGGACAGAAUCCUUGACUUCCGUCGUGUCCCUCCUGUAGCUGGCAGACUGCUGAAUAUGACUAAAGAGAUCAAAGACGUGACCAGAGACAAGAAGCUGUGGAAAACCUUCUUCAUAUCACCAGCCAACAACAUCUGUUUCUACGGGGAGUGUUCAUACUACUGCUCUACGGAGCAUGCUCUGUGCGGUAAACCAGACCAGAUUGAGGGUUCCCUGGCUGCCUUCCUCCCAGACCUGGCCCUGGCCAAACGUAAGACCUGGAGAAACCCCUGGAGACGAUCCUACCACAAACGCAAGAAAGCAGAGUGGGAGGUGGACCCUGACUACUGUGAAGAGGUGAAACAGACUCCGCCCUAUGACAGCGGCACCCGUCUGCUGGACAUCAUGGACAUGACCAUCUUUGACUUCCUCAUGGGCAACAUGGAUCGUCAUCACUAUGAGACGUUUGAGAAGUUUGGCAACGAGAGCUUCAUAAUCCAUCUGGACAACGGGAGAGGGUUUGGAAAGCAUUCCCAUGAUGAGGUGUCUAUUUUGGUGCCUUUAAGCCAAUGUUGCAGAGUGAAGAAGUCGACCCACCUGCGUCUGCAGCUGCUGGCCAAGGAGGAGUACCAGCUGAGUGGUCUGAUGUCUGAGUCUCUGCUGAGGGACAAACUGACCCCCAUCCUCAUCCAGCCCCACCUGAAGGCUAUGGACAGACGCCUACGCCACACACUCAACGUCCUGGCAGACUGCAUCGAGAAGGAGGGCUAUAGUAAUGUGGUGGAGGAUGACCUGGCGGGGGAGAGGGAGGGGGGGCAGACACACACAUCACCCAGGGGGAGGUAGCUGGGAGGCAUGGACCGUUCUGGAAUGGACCAGACUGGAUUGGACCUGAUCGAACCGUACAGAACUAGAGUCGAUCAGACUGGACUAGAUUGAACUGGAUUGGACUAGACCAGAUUGAACUGGACUGAACCGUUUUUGACCACCAUCCCCAUAGGUUCCUUAAAUAACAGUGUACACCUUCCAACCGAUCGAUCAUCUCCCACCACAGAUCAUGAAAGUCUUGCGAGAGCCGCUUGUCUUGUUCAGGAGACAUUUUUGAAUUCAGUGAAUUCCAAGACUGGUAUUAUUCCUUCUGCUGUCAACUGAAUAUUGUGUGUUUCUACACAUUGUUGGGACCUGUCACAGGCAUGCAAACAAUAUGCCUAUUGGAGAUCGACUCUGUGUCUUAAUGAACAAUUUAUUGCAAAAUGUUUUAUAACUUCUGUUGCUCUUUUAUGUUGUUGUCUAUGUGUUUAAAAAAACAAAACAUUAAGAGAUAUUUGAUUGAAGGGUCUUCAUCUGCUUUUCAUCUUUCAAAUGCUUCCUGUCCCGAGAGUAUUUGUUGUAUUUCAUAUUAAUUGUUUGAAAUAAAUGAUACCCACAUCAUUUUUCUAUCAA